AGUUGCCUGCAAAACGAAGACCGGUCAACAAAUUUUAAAGAGGUCUACUAACCAAAUGUAUUGGCCAAAUUCUGAAUAGCAUUAUCUAUUCCAAAUUUUCCUUAAUAACUUAUUAUCGCAUAUAUGUUGGUUUCUUCUUCUUCUUACAUGGGCUACCUGAGCAGAAUCAUCAGACUCAAGAUGGAGAAGUAACUGUAACAACACAAAUGAGCAUCUUGUAAGCAUCCAUACUUGUUUGCUUCUUUGGUAAAACAAAAAAAAAAUCUACUGACCAAGAAUUCAAACCUGUUUGUCAGUGAAUAAGGGAAGAAAUCCAAAUAUAGUAGAUGUCGAGUUGAGAGCCUGUAGAAAUCUUAUAAACAGUUACAUCCUGCAUAAGGAAUACGUAAAUUUCCUGCAUCACAAAAUUCAGAGUAGACAUGAGAUAUCUAUACUAAAAACAACAUCCAGUAUUGAGAAAGAAGAAAAGAGCUACAAAAUGAUAAAUACAUAUGUUUUUCUUAACACAUUAAAUACAUACGUUUAUAAUAUCAAAUCAUCACAUUUGACAAUGAGUAGACUUCAUGAACACUUUCUAUAAUCCUUUUCAGAAUGAGAAUGACUCCAUGAAUCUUGCUGGUGCCUAUAAAAGGUAUAUGACUGCAAAAUCUUUCACAUAAUAGUUUCGUUAAUUAGACUUUGUCCUGCUCCUGCUUGUACUGCAUGUUAGACAUGUUUAAAAAUGUCCAAAAAUUGUGAGCUUAGACGCUACAACUUCCUCGCCAAGUAUCACCUGAGCACAUCACAUAUAAAUCACAGACCAAAGUCAUUAUUAUACCGGGUAUUAAAAUGACGAUGUUUUAAAAAUACUUCAGUGCUAUUUGCAACAAAUUGUUUAGUCGGAAGUUGUUGAUACAAAAAGAGUUAUAUAAAACAAUUCGAGACGGCACAUCGACUAUAAUAUCAGACAACUGGAUAACAACAAAUCCACCACGAUGUCCAAGGCUGCUUCCAUAUACGAAUACAUCACUAUAUGUUGAUAUCUUAAUCUACAAUUAAUGGACUGACGAUACUAAAUUUUUUUUUUAUCAAUGGUGAAUUGCAUGUCAAAAAAAUAGUUUUAAUAUAAAAUAGUUUAAUGAUACAAAUUUUAAACAAAAAAUAAUAAUAAUACAAAUCUUUUAGUGUUUACAGUGUACGAAAAGAAAGAGACAUUGACGUUUGUAAUUCUUGAAAAACAACAACAAAUAGAAAUGAAUAAUAUGAGGGAAAGUAAUUUGAAACUACGUUAUAUGUUGCAGUUUGUGUUUUUUUUCUUGGAACACCCAGUUUGUGGUUGGUAUAAGGUCAUGUUGUUCUUGUUAUUUACGUGUUCCAUCAAUGAAUUUUUUUUUUUAAAGAAGCGACGGUAAAAGACAUCUAAGCCUAAAAGAUAAACUGUAUUACUUAAUUACAUGUCCAUUGAUAUGUGAAAGGAUGUCACUGAUACCUACUUUGCUUUGCAACAUAUGAAAAGUGAUGUAGGAAAUUAUUUGAUUGCAUUUAAGAUUAUUUAUGAGAGCUUAUUCUUUGUUAUGUAUCUAGAAGUGAAACCAUUUGUUUCGCAGGAAAAGCAAUCGUGCAAAGAAAGUUGGAUGUUGUGCAAGGGGAAAUAAGCAAGCCCAAUAAAUAACUGAACCCGGAUCCAGGGGAGGCUUAGUAUUGGGGGUGGUCAGUGCAACCGUGCCCCAUGGCCCACUCCAAAUUUUGAAAUCUUUAAUAUAUAUGCACAUGGAUUUGUAUCAAUUUGUACUAUUGUUUACAUGAAGCAUAAGGUUUGAUGCGAUGUAAAUGUGCGCAUAUUAGAUAGCGUAGCAAAGGGCAUUAUUAUUAUGCGAUGUAAAAAUUAAGCAUUUGAGCCCAUCUAUCUGAGCCCAUCUGAUGUGUCAAAACAAAAUGUUGUGAUUGGUUGAUUAUAAUUGCUGAUGUGGAUAGCCUAAUUGCUCACUAUAUGGGGCUUUUAGUAUUGUUUUAAACAAAAAAUAAUAAUAAUACAAAUCUUUUAGUGUUUACAGUGUACGAAAGAAAAGAGACAUUGACGUUUGUAAUUCUUGAAAAACAACAACAAAUAGAAAUGAAUAAUAUGAGGGAAAGUAAUUUGAAACUACGUUAUAUGUUGCAGUUUGUGUUUUUUUUCUUGGAACACCCAGUUUAUGGUUGGUAUAAGGUCAUGUUGUUCUUGUUAUUUACGUGUUCCAUCAAUGAAUUUUUUUUUUUUAAAGAAGCGACGGUAAAAGACAUCUAAGCCUAAAAGAUAAACUGUAUUACUUAAUUACAUGUCCAUUGAUAUGUGAAAGGAUGUCACUGAUACCUACUUUGCUUUGCAACAUAUGAAAAGUGAUGUAGGAAAUUAUUUGAUUGCAUUUAAGAUUAUUUAUGAGAGCUUAUUCUUUGUUAUGUAUCUAGAAGUGAAACCAUUUGUUUCGCAGGAAAAGCAAUCGUGCAAAGAAAGUUGGAUGUUGUGCAAGGGGAAAUAAGCAAGCCCAAUAAAUAACUGAACCCGGAUCCAGGGGAGGCUUAGUAUUGGGGGUGGUCAGUGCAACCGUGCCCCAUGGCCCACUCCAAAUUUUGAAAUCUUUAAUAUAUAUGCACAUGGAUUUGUAUCAAUUUGUACUAUUGUUUACAUGAAGCAUAAGGUUUGAUGCGAUGUAAAUGUGCGCAUAUUAGAUAGCGUAGCAAAGGGCAUUAUUAUUAUGCGAUGUAAAAAUUAAGCAUUUGAGCCCAUCUAUCUGAGCCCAUCUGAUGUGUCAAAACAAAAUGUUGUGAUUGGUUGAUUAUAAUUGCUGAUGUGGAUAGCCUAAUUGCUCACUAUAUGGGGCUUUUAGUAUUGUUUUAAACAAAAAAUAAUAAUAAUACAAAUCUUUUAGUGUUUACAGUGUACGAAAGGAAAGAGACAUUGACGUUUGUAAUUCUUGAAAAACAACAACAAAUAGAAAUGAAUAAUAUGAGGGAAAGUAAUUUGAAACUACGUUAUAUGUUGCAGUUUGUGUUUUUUUUCUUGGAACACCCAGUUUGUGGUUGGUAUAAGGUCAUGUUGUUCUUGUUAUUUACGUGUUCCAUCAAUGAAUUUUUUUUUUUUAAAGAAGCGACGGUAAAAGACAUCUAAGCCUAAAAGAUAAACUGUAUUACUUAAUUACAUGUCCAUUGAUAUGUGAAAGGAUGUCACUGAUACCUACUUUGCUUUGCAACAUAUGAAAAGUGAUGUAGGAAAUUAUUUGAUUGCAUUUAAGAUUAUUUAUGAGAGCUUAUUCUUUGUUAUGUAUCUAGAAGUGAAACCAUUUGUUUCGCAGGAAAAGCAAUCGUGCAAAGAAAGUUGGAUGUUGUGCAAGGGGAAAUAAGCAAGCCCAAUAAAUAACUGAACCCGGAUCCAGGGGAGGCUUAGUAUUGGGGGUGGUCAGUGCAACCGUGCCCCAUGGCCCACUCCAAAUUUUGAAAUCUUUAAUAUAUAUGCACAUGGAUUUGUAUCAAUUUGUACUAUUGUUUACAUGAAGCAUAAGGUUUGAUGCGAUGUAAAUGUGCGCAUAUUAGAUAGCGUAGCAAAGGGCAUUAUUAUUAUGCGAUGUAAAAAUUAAGCAUUUGAGCCCAUCUAUCUGAGCCCAUCUGAUGUGUCAAAACAAAAUGUUGUGAUUGGUUGAUUAUAAUUGCUGAUGUGGAUAGCCUAAUUGCUCACUAUAUGGGGCUUUUAGUAUUGUAUAUAGAUAUUUAUCUUUAAUUUUUAAUAAAUCUUAUUUUGUAAUUUUAAUGGAGUUUUUGUGGUAAAGUAUUAUUUCUUGUAAUAAGAUUCAAGAUAGUCGGUCAGGGUAAUCCAGUAUGGUUUUCGGUUCGACCGGAUAUGCCACAUCGUUAAUUUUGACUUAGACAACAAAGAAAAAAGCCACGUGGCAGAAUUGACUUUCCCGCUUAGUGAUCGCCAUGUAAACAGGAGGGAAACAAACUGAACAACAACGUGAGAGAUAGAGAGAGAGAUCACAACAGAAUCAACCAGAGGAGGAGGAAGAGAAGGAGACUCUAUAACGAUGCCGUACUACACCAAAGACGACGCUGACGUGGAUGACUUCGACGAGUACGACCCGACGCCGUAUAGCGGAGGCUAUGACAUCACCGUGACGUACGGCCGCUCACUCCCGCCGUCCGACGAGAAUUGUUACCCUCUCUUGUCUCUCUCCGGUGACGCCUUUGAGUACCAGAGGCCCGUGUUCUCUUCCAGCCACGAGCCUUCUGCUUAUGACGACCAGGCUCUCAACACCGAGUACAGUAGCUACGCUCGGCCCAAAACCAAGCAUGGAUCCGGUAAGAAAGCUAGCUAUGACCAUCGCAAUGAUGAUGAUAAGAAAGAGAGCCAAGGCCAACAAAAAUACAGUGGCAAGGACACUGAUGAUGAGAAGAGCAAGACUAAGGAGAAGAAGAAGGAUAAGAAGAAAGAUGACGAUGAUUAUGAGAAGAAGAAGAAGGACAAGCAACAAUACAAGGAUCAUCAUAAUGAUGAUUAUGAUGAGAAAAAGAAGAAGAAGGACCACUAUGACAAUGAUGAUGAGAAAAAGAAGAAGAAGGAUCAUUAUGACAAUGAUGAUGAGAAGAAGAAGAAGAAAGACAAUCGUGAUGGUUAUGAUGAAAAGAAGAAGAAGAAGGACCAUCAUGAUAGUGAUGAUGAGAAGAAUAAGAAGAAGGAUCACUACAAACACAACAAGGGACAUCGUGAAUACGAUGACUAAUCUUGCUCCGGGAUUACAUCUCUUUAAGUGUCUAUCCCUGAUUAAGAAACCAACGCACACUUUUUUCUUAAGUUUUUGUCAACUGUUAUUUUGUUUCUUGUUUCGAAAUUGUGCUACCAUCUUUAAGAUUUCAAGAAGCCAUGAUAUCAUUUGUUCUCUAGUGAUGAUGUCUUUUGGUUUAACAAAUCCAGCUAUAUUCCUUUCCGUCCUGUUAAUGACCUACAAGAGGAUUUUAUGCAGUAUGAGCUGUCUAGCUAUAUUCCUUUCCGUCCCCCCGUUUAGGUGUCCGCAUAUACGGCUAGGAACGAGAGAUUUGUCUAUCCCAUGCGAGCAGGCAGAGCAUCUUACAACACUGUUAACCAUUAGUGAAGUAUAAAAGAUGAGACACAAGACAUUAAUUAGUACGACUUUGGGAUAACCAGAAUAUAUAAUGUUAAAUUCUCAAAAUCCAAGAUAAAGAAAGUUAUUCUUUUAGUACAAAAAGAAACUAAAUCCGAGGACACAAAAAUCUGAUAAAAGUAAGAGAAACAACUUGUUUGAUUAGUGUUUGAUCCAAAAAUGGUGUUUAUCUUUGUGAUGUUUGUUGGAAUCAAUCAAAUAAAGAAUCUAAAGAUAAAAGCUUAGAUUCUUGAGGUUUAGGAGAAAUCUUAAAAGAAUCAAAUGAGAAAUGAACAUCAAAAGAGUUUAUUGA